AUGGUUUCGGGGGCGGUCGCAGCGGCUGCUUUUCGCCGCGCGGCUCUGCUCCCGCAACGCACAUUAUGUGCAGGCGGGAUAUGCUAUGCAAAUGCGCCCUUACUCGCACCUUCACCAUCACCAGCGUCGCUUAUAUUAUCCCGGGAUGCGUUCCAGACGCUGAGGCCAUCCUCGGCCGCAGCUCCCGCAAAGCUCCAACCCUGCCGCCACUUCUCCUCCCGCGUGGGAGCGGGGAGGACCCCCGCGGCAGCAACACCAACAUGUUCACCACAAUCAUCACUCGGACUACGACCUAGGCUUGCCCAGCCAACAUGGACGUCGCCGAUCAACAUUCUUCGCCGGUUAUCUACGUCACCACCAAACCCAGAGCAGGCUGUUGCCAAAAAGGACCAGCAGUCUUCAACACAAGAGGAACAAGAGGAAAAGGAGGAAGAGGUGGACCAGCACCUCAAGGCGCAUGGAUUCCAAAAGAGCGCAAAGGCGGCCAAGGCUGCGCACAUCAACAUGGCGGCGCGCUUGUCCAAGGAAGGGAAAGGUCAGGAAGGCAAGCCUGGCUGGGCUGAGGUCUGGCGUCUGAUCAAGAUCGCCCGGCCUGAGCUCAGAUGGCUGGGCGUGGCCUUUGUCCUGCUGCUCAUUUCUUCCAGUGUCACCAUGUCGAUUCCCUUCUCCGUGGGCCGUAUUCUGGAUCUCUCCACCAAGGAAGAUGUCGACGAGGUUAGGCUAUUUGGGCUUACUCUGACACAGUUCUUUUGCGGACUUGCUGCUGUGCUUACCAUUGGUGCGACUGCCAACUUUGGGCGGAUUAUUCUGCUCAGAAUUGUUGGCGAGCGCGUUGUGGCUAGGUUGAGGACGCAGCUUUACCGGAGGACGUAUGUUCAGGAUGCCGAGUUCUUUGAUGCCAACCGGGUCGGUGACUUGAUCUCGAGGCUCAACUCGGAUACGGUCAUUGUCGGCAAGAGUAUCACGCAGAACGUCUCGGAUGGUCUUCGAUCUUUGGUUAGCGGUGCUGCUGGGUUUGUCGCCAUGGCUUGGCUAAGCCCGAAGCUGACGUCUAUUAUCCUUGUUAUGGUCCCUCCUAUCGGUAUCGGCGCUGUCUUGUACGGCCGUUCGAUUCGCAACCUCAGUCGACAGAUUCAAAAGAAUGUCGGCACGCUUAUGAAGAUUGCAGAGGAAAGGUUGGGCAACAUCAAGACGAGCCAGGCUUUUGCCGGCGAGGUUCAAGAGAUUGGACGGUACAGCAAGCAGGUCAAGAAGAUCUUUGCGCUCGGCAGACGGGAUGCUAUCAUUUCUGGCACAUUCUUCGCUUCUACCAGUUGGGCGGGCAACAUGACUAUCCUGGCCAUGCUCAUUGUGGGAGGCAACCUUGUUCGGACUGGGGCCAUGACAUUGGGCGACUUGACGUCUUUUAUGAUGUACACCGUCUUUGCAGGGUCCAGUUUGUUCGGUGUCAGCGGCUUCUACUCGGAACUGAUGAAAGGUGUUGGUGCUGCUAGUCGUCUUUUUGAGCUCCAGGACCGAAAGCCCAGCAUUCACCAAACUGUGGGUACGAAAGUCAAGUCGGCGCAGGGCCCUAUCAAGUUCUCCAACGUCCACUUCGCUUACCCCACGAGACCGGCGGUGGCUAUCUUCAACGGCCUUGAUUUCGAGAUUCCUUCUGGCAGCAAUAUCUGUAUUGUUGGUCCUUCCGGCGGUGGCAAGUCGACUGUAGCCUCCAUGUUGCUUCGCUUCUACAACCCAACGUCAGGCACUAUCACUAUCAAUGGCGUCGAUAUUUCGACAAUGAACGUCAAAUCGCUUAGGCGACGCAUCGGCAUGGUCGCACAGGAGCCCGUGCUCUUUUCGGGUACCAUUGCCGAGAAUAUCUCGUAUGGACGGCCCGAAGCUAAGAGAUGGGAGAUCAUUGCGGCUGCUCAAAAGGCCAACUGCGGUUUCAUCAGCGACUUCCCUGAUGGCUUGGAAACGCAGGUUGGUGCCCGUGGAGCCCAGCUCUCGGGUGGGCAGAAGCAACGCAUCGCCAUUGCUCGCGCUCUCCUCAAGGAUCCCGAUAUUUUGCUCCUGGAUGAGGCGACCUCGGCACUUGACGCCGAAUCCGAGACUCUCGUCAACUCUGCCCUUGCUGAAUUGCUCAAGGGACGCAGCACCACCAUCUCGAUUGCCCACAGACUCUCCACCAUCAAACGGUCGGACAAGAUCAUUGUUCUGUCCAGCGAAGGCACCGUGGCCGAAAUUGGCAGCUACACUGAGCUGAGCAACAACCCCAACAGCGCUUUCAGCAAGCUUAUGGAGUGGCAAAUGUCUGGUGCUGAUGUCCCCACGUCGGCCAGUCCUCGUAUUACCGAGGCUGAGGAGAUUGAGGAGGACUUGGAGGAAGAAGAGUAUGAUGAGCAUUCUGAGGAGGUUAAGGAGGUUGAGGAGAAGAAGCGGUAA